AAUUAGCGAUCCUAAACCAUUUCGAUAGAUAUUUCAUUGACCUUCACCCUAAUAACUAAACAACGACGUCGAAAGUGUUUAUCGACUUAUUCAGAAGAUUCAAAUAGUCAUGUUGAGAAAUGUUCAGUCCAAAUUAAGACCAAUUUUGGGUCCCAAUAGUCCAGCUCUUUCGCAGGCUUUUUAUCACAAAAAAGUUAUUGAUCAUUACGAGAACCCUAGAAAUGUUGGGUCUCUAGACAAGAAAAAAACUAGCGUUGGAACUGGUUUAGUAGGUGCUCCGGCUUGUGGCGAUGUGAUGAAAUUACAAAUCGAAGUCGAUGCAAAUGGAAAAAUCGUUGAUGCCAAAUUUAAAACUUUUGGAUGCGGGUCAGCAAUAGCUUCAAGUUCUUUAGCGACUGAAUGGGUCAAAGGGAAAAAUAUUAAUGAGGCAGGAGAGAUUAAGAACUCUGAUAUUGCAAAAGAACUAAGUCUACCUCCGGUGAAACUUCACUGCUCUAUGCUUGCUGAAGAUGCUAUAAAGGCAGCUUUAAAGGAUUAUAAGACGAAGAAUGAGAAAGAAGCAGUUCGAAAUUGA